AUGCCGCAACGUUCACUCGAGGCUGCACCGUCGCGAGCUUCGCGCAGAGGCGUGGGGCGAUCGUGCAGGCGCGCCGUCGAGGCGCAAGGCACGCCACCGAUCUCGCUCGGCGCCCGCGCGCGUCUCCGCCUGCGCCACGCCUCUUCGCGCCACGGUCAGCUGGGCAACUUGACGGUGCAGGACACGUCCACCGUGGCGGGCGGCGAGUACGAGAUGCUCGGCCUGCGCGAGGGCGCCCAAUCGCUGCUCACGUUCGACUCGGUGCGCGUGAGCUACUGGCACCCGGCGGUGAUGCGCAUCGUCGGCUACCUGCAGGAGGGCGUGCUGGGCGCGCUGAUGAGCGCGACGGCGAGCACGGUGGUGCAGGUGGCUCGGUCGGUGCUGGCGGACGGCGCCGAGGACGCGUCUGCGAUCGCGCUCGACAUCGAGGUUGGCAGUCCGCUCGUCCUCCUGCCCUUCGAGCCCGACUCGUCGGAUGGCUUGCGCGGCGACCUGGGCAGCAUCGCGGUGCACAACUCGCUGGAGCGCCGGACCGCGGCCGGGCCGGGGGGUGGUGGCGCCGAGCUGCUUGACUGCAUCGUGGUCGCGAUCGAGCGCAUGCAGCUGUCUGCGCUGCUGCCGGAGGGGGAGGGGGCGCUCGAGGCGACGGGCGGGCUGUCGCAGAUGAUCGAGGACGUGUCGCUGCGGCUGUCUGUGGAGCGCGGCGUCGGCGCGAGCGCUGGCCGCGCGACGCUCAUCUCGGGGAGCGGGAGCGAGCUGGUGUGCACCUGCUCCAAGGCGCAGCUAGACCUCGUCCUUCCGGCGGUGGAGCUGGCCCUCGAGGACGGAGGCGGCCCGCUGCUGCUGGCGUGGAUGGGUGGCGUCCGCAUCGGCGCGCGCCAGAGCGCCGACUCGGCCGUGUACAGCGUCUCGAGCGCGGCGCUCGCCGUCCAAGACUGCCGCGGGGACGGGUACCCGUCGGGGCGAGGGACGCGGCCAGCCGACUCGACCGGCUCGCGGCUCAAGAGGCUUCUGUGGUCCGACCCUGCGGCGGAGCCGGCCGCCGCCAGCUCGGCGCAGCUGUCGGUGAGCCACUCGGUCGAGAGGUUGCCAGGCCGCGGCCACGAGGCGACCACGGUCGUCUCAGUCUGCGGCGCGCGCGGCACGCACGCGGCGGCCGCCUGGUGUGUGAACAACUUCACUCAUGAGCGAGUCAGCGAAUCAGGCGUGCACAUCACGUACGCGGCGAGCGCCUUUCGGGCGGCGGCGGACUUCUUCUCGCGCAGCGAGGGCGGAGGCGACGGCUUGCUCUCGGCAGAGGAGGAGGCGGAGGCGCUCGCGAGGCCGCUCUCCGGCCCGAUCGGCGCGGUCGCCUCCCCCAUGGUCUCCCCCAUGGUCGAGCGGCUCGUGAGUCUGCCUGAGGAGGAGGAGGUGGCGGACCUCGGCCGCAGGCCGCUCGCCGCGCUGACGCUCACGUCGGUGGUCGCGUCGUGCGCCGGCAGCGACGCCAAGCUCGUCGUCGCUUGCAGCGCGUGCGCGCAGAUGCACUUGCACAACCCGCGCUUGGUGGCGUGGGAGCCGCUCUGGGAGCCGUGGCGCUUCCACGUGCGCGGCAAGCUGAGCCCUAGCGACGAGCCUCCCUUCACCGAGGUCAAGGUGCACGCCGACGAGGCGUGCAACAUCAACAUCUCGCUCUCCAUGUGCGAGCUCGUCUCGGGCACCACGCUGACCCUCAUCGACGACAUCACCGGCGUCGCGCAGCCGCUUGUCUGCGACCUGCGCCUCCGGCCAGAUGGGUGCAGAGAGGCGCGGCUCCUCUCCGACCCCCUCCCACGGCGGCCAGAGCUGCCCAGCGGCGCCUCCGCCACGGCACGGGCUGUGCGCCUCCUCUCCGACACCACCCUCCACAACCAGACCGCCGACUUGCUCGAGGCCGUGCACCCCCUCCCCGCCGGCGCGAUGCUGCCCCUCCCGCUCCGGCCCGACCGCGCGAGCUACCGGCUGCACCUGCGGCCGAUGGACGGCGGGCACGCGUGGUCGCCCGCCUGCCAGGCGCCGACCAUCCCCACCCUCCCUGGCACCGACCAGUCCGGUCUCGGCCGCCUCCUCCUCACCGCCGCCUCCCGUGCGCCCCAGCUGCCGGGCUACGACGGCGCCGCCGACGCGGGCGCGCUGCACGCGCCGCUCGAGUGUGCUUCGGAGGAGCCCGGCGCCGACGCGGACGGGCGACACGGCGCCGCGUGGCACUGCGGCGCGUGCGAGGUGCACGUGCGCGCGCCGCUGCAGCUGGGCAGCCCCGCUGUCGGGCCGGCGCGGCUCGAGUACCAAUGGCUGGGGGGCAUCUUGCGCGGGGAGCUGCCUUCGGGCGGGCGGAGGCUGGUGCACACCUUUGCGCCCGCCACGGCGGUCAGCCUCUCUGUAAGCAUCGAGGGGUACAGGCCCUCGGAGCGGGUCCUCGCACCGCACACCGCGCUCGAGGGCGUGCUCUGCGAGGAGGUGCCCGUGUACGACGGCCGCCACAGCCGGCUGCCGCUCUCGAUCGGGUACGAGCGGCUGCACGGCUGCGUGCACGCUCUCUCGCUCGUCGCGCCGUGCUGGGUCUCCAACUGCACCGGCCUGCCCCUGCUGCUGCGCGAGCACGGCGCGAGGGAGGCGUACUGCGGCGACGAGCCGGCGGUCGUCUGCGAGACGGUGUCCGAGAACCAGCGCCGCCGCACGGCCUUCAACUCCUUCUCGGCGGACGGCCUCUUCCCGACCGACUUUGCCGGCGCCUUCUCCGACGAGCGGCUCAGCAGGCGCCACUCCGGCUUGGCGGACCUCUGGCUGCCGACAGGCUGGCUAUGGAUGGAGGACUGGCGGCUCAAGGGCGGGAAGACGGGCUCCGUCACCGAGCAGGGGUGGGAGUACGCCAAGGGCUGGAGCGGCGCGUGGUCGCCUCAGUGCACGCCCAAGACGGGCGUGCGGCGGCGGCUCUGGACGCGCCGGCGGGUCCGCCUCUCCGGCCUCACGCGCCACCUGCUUGGCGGCAUGUCGGAGAACGCCGUCCACCGCCUCUCCCUCUCCGAGCUGCAGCAGGUCAUGCAGACGCUCGGGGAGCCCGCGCAGCGCGGCGCCGACGAGCUGCGGCAGUACUGCAUGGAGCUGCGCGCCCGCGCGCAGGAACGCGGCGGCGCGGAGCCGGACGAGGCGGCCGGCGCGGCGGCGGCGCCGGUGAUGCCGCCCGUGACCGCGAGGAAGCGGCUCGAGCUGCGGCUGCCCGGCUCGUGCUGGUCGAGUGCCGUCUCGCUCGAGGCGGCGGGCACGUCCGGGCUGCUCGAGCUGCCCGCGGGGCGGGGAGGCGGGUCGGCGCCGAGCGACGGCGGCCCUCCGCGCGCGUACCAGCUCGCCCUGGGCGUCACGUCGGCGCCGGGCGAGUCGUGCCGCUCCAAGAUGCUCGUGGUGGAGCACCGCACGACGCUGCUCAACCGGCUCGACCGGCCGGUUGGCUACGUGCACCACGGCAAGGGCGGCCACACUGCGGCGCUGCUGCGGCCGGGCGAGCGGGCACCCUUCCACUGGCAGGACGAGCCCGGCCUCGCGCGCCUCCUCUCCGUCUGCCUCCUCGACGCCGGCGCCGACGCCGCCUCGCUUGCCGAGUGCGACUGGUCCAACGCGCUGCCGAUCGACUCCGUCGGCGAGCCCGUUCCUGGCAGCGAGCUCAACCUCGUCUGCCGCCUCUCCAACCGGCGGACGGUCCUCUUCCUCUCGGUCGACGUGCAGCUUCUCUCCGGCGCGAGCAUGCUCGUCGUCUUUUCGGAGCGGACGGCCGAGCUCGCGCCGUACCGCGUCGACAACCUGUCCGCGCUCCCGCUGCUCAUCUCGCAGAGCCCGUGCGCCGCGCUGCAGCAGCCGCGCGUCGUGCAGGAGGUGCUGCCCGCGUCGCGCGCGCCCUUUGCGUGGGAGCAGGCGGUGGUCGCCGCGCCGACCCUCGACUUGCACGUCGGCCGCUCCGUGCGCAAGGUCUGCCUUGACGAUCUCCAGCGAAGCGGCACCAUCCCCUGCGCCGACCCGCGCGCGAGCGGCGCGCCGCACGAGCCAUCCUCCGUCAUCGCCGCGCCGCGCUCUGCCUUUGGAGACGGCGCCGGCGAGUGGAACGGCUACCGCGACGUGCGGCUCGAGUCCUUGCAUGAGGGCGUCGCCACGACGAGGCUGCCUGGCUCGAUCGCGCGCGCCGAGGUGCGCGCGCGGCACAGCCAGCGAGAAGGCCGGUUCGGAUGGCACGGGGACGAGCUUUGGACGGCGGACGGGCUCCGCGCGACGUUUCGCGUCUUCUUCGUCCGCUGGGGAUUGGAGGUCGACCUCGACUCGCGGGGGAUGCGGCGGAGCGAGGUCGACCUCCGCCACGCCGUCGCGCACGCCGCCGUGCAGUCGCAGCGGUCGGCGUCGGACGGCUCGUUUGGCUGGUCCGACUCGACACUGUGGGUGGACGAGGGUCUGCGCGCGCGCUUCGCCGUGACGCUGCAGCGCGAUGCCCUGCCCGGCUCGCGCCCGCCGCUCGAACUGCGGUACCGGAUGGUUGCAGACGGGCCAGUGAAGGUGCUGCAGGUGAUGCCGGCGCCGUCCGCCGCCGCCUCCGGGGAGGUGCCCUCCCUGCCCGUCCUGGCGUCGGAAGAGGACGACGGCAAGCUGAGGCUGAGCGUGCACGUGUCGCUCGCGUGCCUCGGCGUGUCGCUGAUUGCGGACGGGUGCGAGGAGCUCCUCUACUUGAGCCUCGUCGACCCUGUGGUGAGCUACCGCGCGUCGUCCGGCCGAGACUUUCUGUCGGCGCAGGUGCGGCACCUGCAGGUGGACAACCAGCUGCAGGCCGCCUCCUUCCCCGUGCUGCUCCAGCCCUCCUUCUCCGCCGAGGAGGCGCAGCAGGCGGUGAGGCCGCACUCGCUCGAGCUGCUCGUGCAGCGCCGCAUCGGCGCCGCGCAGGUGCUGUACUACGAGACGGUCUCGCUCCGGCUGCAGACGCUCGAGCUGAUGGUGGACACGGUGCUGGUGCGCACCCUCUUCCUCUUCGUCCUCUCCACCUACCUCGACCUCGCAAAGAUGGCGACGGCGGUGGUCGAGGCGACGACGCGCGGCCAGCCGCGCCGGGCCGACGCGGUGGUGCCGCCCAAGGUGUACCUGCGCUGGCUCAACCUGCAGCCGCUCCGGCUCCACCUCAGCUGCCGCUCCGUCGCGGGCGGGCGACGCCGCGAGGCCGCGGUGCUCGAGAACGCGCCGGCCAGCGCCGUGGGAGUGCUCAACUCGGUGAGCGCCGUGCUGUCAAACAUCGACUCGGCGCCGCUGCAGCUCAAGGCGCUCGUCCUCGACAACACCUUCGCGCCCGUCGGCACGCUGGCGCAGGCCAUCUGCGACUCGUACCGCGAGCAGCUGCUGCAGCAGCUGUACAAGCUCCUCCUCUCGGUCGAGCUGCUCGGCAACCCGCGCGGCCUCUUCCAGCACCUGGCCACCGGCGUGACGGACGCGUUUUACGAGCCGCUCAACGGGAUCAUGCGCGGGCCCGACGACUCGCUCGCCAACAACCUGACCUACGGGCUCUCGGACUCGGUGCAGCAGCAGGAGGGCCCGCGCAACAUCGGGGAGGGGCUGCUGCAGACGGCCGAGUCUGUCUCUGGCGGGCUGCGCCAGCGCGCGGCGACUGCGAAGACGGGCGGGCGCGCCGAGAGAUCGCGAGGGCUGUGCGCGCAGAGAGGCGGCUUCGGGGGCUUCUUCAAGGGCGUGGCGCAGGGCGCCGUCGGGCUCGUCGUCAAGCCGGCGGUCGGAGUCGCGGACGGCAUCACCGCCGCCGCCGAGGGCCUCAAGAGCCAGACGACGGUGCUGCGCGGCCUGACUCGCCGCCGCCGCCAGCCGCGCACGAACCUGCUAGGCGAGCUGCGCCUCUUCUCAAACGCCGACGCGCGCAUCCAGCGCGCCCUGUACGACGCGGUGACGGGGCGCGGCGUCCGCUCCCUCGCGUCGGGGCGCUUCUGCAGCCAGGCGCCGCGGGCGCGCAAGGGUGCGGAGAUCUCGCUCGUCGUCACGACAGGGCACGCCAUCCUGCUCUCGCCGCUCAGCCAGAUUGCCGUGUGGGAGUGCGUGGAGCGGUCCCAUGAGCUGGCGCUGCAUUUGCGGUCGGGCGAGGUGCGGCGCGCGCGCUUCCCGUCGGCGGCGGCGCGCGCGAAGGCGGUGCGCCUCAUCGAGCAGGCGGUCAAGCUGGACGAGUCGAGCACCAGUCGGGCGCCGCGGCGCUGA